GCCUACCAUGAUUACCACGACAACUUCAUAGCCUUGCUCUUCAACCGUCUUAGUACCUUUGCAUGUGCAAUCCGAAAACUCAAGACUCAACUGAUUGCCGGCGUAUCUGGGAAGACACCUAGAUUCUCCAGACAGGUCGACGCAUGGAACGUGUUGUUGUAACAUAGCUCUCUGUGUCCGUUGCUCUUAUCGCGCCAUCCUGUACUCUGGUUGUUUAAGUUUGGGAUGACGCUCCCGAAUCCUGAGCCUGUACCGCCAACUUCCACGACGAGCUCCCACCAUGGACCCCAAUGAGCAGCCCGAGCCCACGCUGCCUCCUGCUGAGCAGAUGCGGCAGAGGAGGCUCGCGAAGCUGGCCAGUCUGAAUCCUGCUCCUGCUCCUGCCAGCCCGGCGCCUGCUUCCGAAUCACAAACACCAAAUCCAGCCUCUCAAUCAGCAUCACACUCCUCGCCCUCUCCCUCAAAUCAAAGCCAACCAAUUCGCAUCGCCCCAAAGUCGGCACCAACAAGCUCUUCCCCCCAAAACCCCUUUUCCCAACUUGCGAGCAAGAUGGCAGAGUCUGAUGAAAGGGCCUCUGUUGACUCAGGUAAUACUCGCAGUGCCAAAAGACCCACGACCACUGUUGACGCAGACCCAUCAGAAGCCCUUCCAACGAAGAAGGCCCAUGCGGCUGCGGCCGGAGAGAGCGUAGAGGACUGGGCAGAUCGCGUGCUCAGCGAUGUUUUUCUUGUCACUCUUGACGAGAAGAGAAAGACAGACCUGAGGGGUGCCGAGCUCACCUAUCUUCCCGAAUUGAAGGCAGAGCUUGAGCAGUCCGGAGAGCCCGUCAAACUCACCACAUCCUCUAUCGAUGCCGCCCUUCUCGAAGCCGCAAAAUAUUGGUCAAAGAACAAAGCGCUUCUCGACUACUUGUUACCCUGCUGGAAGCGAGUAAUGAGAGCGAAUAGGCCCGCUCGCCGACCAUCUCCUGAGAGAGAAGCCGUGUUGCACGAGGCUAAGCGUCUUUGUAUGAGCAACUGUGUUUUUGCCCUUACAAUGCCGGAAUAUUUUGGACGGGAUGGUAACCCCAGCCACGACUCGUUGGUUCCUUACCUUCUUCGAAACCACGAUAACGAGGACGGUGUAUGCUUAGACUUCUUUACGGAGGCUGUUUCACGUAUCAACGAAGACGAUACUAUCGCGCCGGUUUUCACUGAAGCACUGGCCACAAUAAGUAGUCAACUGGCUAAAAUGACUAUGAACGAUAAUUAUAAGCCUUAUAUCAACUGUCUUGUGAACUAUUCACGGUUUCCUCCUCUACUUGAUGCGCUCGCGCAGCAUCCCAACUUCCAAGUCCGGCCAAGACAAGAUGCAACGAAGGAGGAAUUGGCCCUGGCAACAGAGACAGACACUAUUCUUGGACCUUUUUUCCGCAUUUCGCCUCUUCAAACUGAGGUGACCAAAACCUACUUCGCCAAUCCACGAACAAUCGAUCCCGGCCAUGUUAAAUCCUCUCAGGGAGCUUUACAGAUGACACUGAAAGCUCAUCAAGGGGACUUGAUAGGAAUCAUCAAUGCCUUUGUUCGUGCUAGCCCCACUGCUAAGAAUAGCACACUCGAUUGGUUUGCUUUCAGCUUAAAUUCGAACCAUAAAAGACGGGCGCUUCAGGUCAAGGCCACUGAGGUUGCCUCGGAUGGCUUCAUGGUGAAUGUUACUGCCGUGUUAGACAAACUUUGUGAGCCUUUCAUGGACGCUACGUUCUCUAAGAUAAACAAAGUCGAUCUCGACUACCUUCGACGAACCCCGCGAGUGGACAUGAGCGAUGAGACAAAACUGAACGCCGACCAAGCUACAUCGGAUGCUUUCUAUAAUAAUAAGGUGGAUGGAUCAUCGAACUUUAUCUCCGAGGUUUUCUUCCUAACUCUAGCAGCGCACCACUACGGGCUUGGUGCCACAAAUUCAAAACUCAAGGAUCUUGAUAAGGAUAUUAAGUACGUCGAGAAAGUGAUCAAGCAGAUGGAGGAGCAAUUACCCAAAGUGCAGAACGACCCCUUUCGAUCCACUGUCGUCAAACAGCACAUUCAGACCGCUGUAAACACCGUAGAAAAGUAUAUUGCCCUGAAACAUGCUAUUCAGGCGGUUGUCCUAGACGAGGGUAUGCAGACCUUGUCAUUGCAGUUCAUGCGAUAUGUUGCUGUUUGGCUUCUGCGAACUGCGAGUAAAUCGGAUUAUAAGCCUGGAAAGCAGAUUAGCCUUCCGCUUUCAGCAGACAAACCUGAGGCUUUUAGCUGCCUACCUGAAUACGCUCUACAGGACGUGGUAGAAAACUUCAAAUUUGUCUUCCGAUUCGUGCCAAAUAUUCUCAUGUCAGCAGUUGGAGACGAAAUAAUUACUCUAUGCAUUACCUUUCUACGAUCGUCAGAAUACAUCAAGAAUCCUUACCUUAAGUCAUCUCUGGUCACGCUACUCUUUGCAGGGACUUGGCCAAUGUACCACUUGAGCCGUGGUGUGCUUGGAGAUUCUCUGAUCAGCUCAAAAUUUGCUAACGAGCACUUGCUUCACUCGCUAAUGAAGUUCUACAUUGAAUGUGAACACAGUGGUGUUAGCUCGGCAUUUUACGACAAGUUUAACAUUCGCUACGAGAUCUUCCAGGUUAUCAAAACGAUUUGGCCUAAUAAUGUAUAUAAAGAAAAGCUCAGCCGGGAAAGCAGGGUCAAUCGACAAUUCUUCGUACAAUUUGUCAAUCUACUUCUUAAUGACGCAACGUAUUUGUUGGACGAAGCGCUGACAAAGCUUGUCAAAAUACACGACUACCAGAAACAGCUCCAGAAUCAGGGAUUGUCCCCGGAAGAGCUCGAGAAGGUCAGAACAGAUUUAGAGCAAGCCGAACAGCAGUGUCAAUCGUGGAUGCAACUAGUGAACGAUACGAUGGGGAUGAUGAAGCUCUUUACCGAGACACUCCGGGACUCUUUCACCAUGCCUGAGAUUGUUGUCCGGUUAGCGGGUAUGUUGAAUUACAAUCUUGAGUCAUUGGUCGGUCCGAAGCGUGGUCAACUCAAAGUUGAGGAUGCCAAGAAAUACCACUUUGACCCGAAGACACUACUGUCUGAUUUUAUCGAUGUUUAUCUCAAUCUGGGUCCUAAACCUGAAUUCGUCAAAGCCGUCGCUUCGGAUGGUCGCUCUUACAAGCCAGCAAACUUCGAAGCAGCAGCCCGCCUACUCCAGACCAGCCUGGGGAAGCCUCCCGAAAUGGUCGUCGCAUGGAAUGAUCUUAGAAAACGGAUAGCCGACGCCAAGGACGAGUUGGAUCAAGCAGAGCUCGACUUAGGCGAUAUACCGCCAGAGUUCGAGGACCCUAUUAUGGGUGAUCUGAUGUCCGACCCGGUUAUUCUACCAUCGCGACAUAUUAUGGACCGGUCCACCAUUGUGCAACAACUUCUUUCAACCCCCAAGGAUCCAUUUUCAAAUGUCCAAAUGACGAUCGAUGAUGUUGUGCCGGCAGAUGACCUACGGAAACAGAUUGAAGCCUGGAAAGCCGAGCGCAUAGCACGCGCGAGGGAAAAGGCGAAGUUAGGUGACUCGAUGGACACGAGUACUGGAUGAUUAUAAAUGCUCACCCACAAGGCUGGAUCAACCCAAUCUUUUGAGCAUCAGCCUGACCGGAAGUCUGUCACAUAAUGCUGUUGCCGCUGUAUAGCGAUCCGGUCCCCCUGGCAGUAGAAUACUAGUGUUUGGCAUUGCUCUCAUUAUUAUCCUUUAGAUUAGAGUCCAUUGAUCAUAGAACGGGACAACGGGCACAUGCAGCGAGUAAUUCAUGAAUACUCCCUAGAACUUGGCGUAUAUGCCACCAUUGGAGCUGAUAUGUUCCUAAGCUUUGAAUGGCUCAGGUUAGGAUUACUAGCAAGAUGAUUAGUCAACAGUACAAUAUACCUGAUGAGAUGAAGAGACGCCUGCGAGGAGUUCACGAUAAUCAUAGCCCGCGCAGCAAUUAGCCCAU